AUGGAAAACUUAUCAAAAACCUAUUACGCUAUGUCAAACAGUGAUCUUUACACUAUAACAGACGCUGGGUCUGUGCCCACCAUGGAAUCUUUUGUUACCGGCGAGGUCACCAAGAGCCAUACACUGAGUGAAUACUCUACCAUGGAACUGAACCAUAAUUUCAGUGGAGAAAAGAAACAGUUCAGUAAACUUGGGGUGUCCCAAGAGCCUAUUGGAGAGCCGCUUAUCGACCUUGGGAUAAUCGAUAAGGAAGUUCAACGAUAUCAAGAAGCUUUGAACCAGCAACUUCAAUACGAUGGAAAUUCAAGAAAUAUUUCUAUAUCUGAAACCCAGAUUGAGUGGUAUACUUUCUUGGAUACAUAUAAGCGGAAAACAUCAAAAAGCAUAGAUGAAGGUGUGAGCAGGUUUCCAAAAAGUUCAAGGGACCUUAUAGACAAAUACCAUCAACCUAGCUUAUGGAAGAAUAUCAUUGAUUCGAUGAAACAAUUUCCUUCCAGAUAUUUACGAUUUAUGAGCAAGCUGUGA